AGCAAUGGAUAUAUUAUGAACAAAUAAAUAUGUUUAAGAGUAAUUUUUUGAAUUAAAAAAUGUGGCAGAUGUUAACUCCAAACAGCUAAAACAGUGUUUGAUAGAAGCACAAUGUUCAGAGUAGUGAAUUAACAAUAGGAUUGGUGCUCUGCUUACAUAUUGGGAGUUGGAGGCUGAAACUGCGGAGUGAUGAGGUUGUGGCGCUGAACAGGCAGCACGGCCGAAGAGGAUAUCGUGGCUGUGUAGGUAGAUUGAACGACUUCUGGUCAUUUUUUUUCUGCAAGUAAAAUUGUGAGGUGGAGCUUCUUGUGGCAGGGUGGCUGCAGAAAUUUAUAAACAGAAAGGAACUUGCAUCCAAUAGAUUCUUUAUAUGUUACGGUACUUGAUGCUCCUCCAUUCCCUUUAAGGAGGUGUUGAAUUGUUUCACGGUAUGCGUUUCUCAAUUAUCCCGGCAGAUACCAAUAUCCGCAAUUUGUAUCAUAAAAUCAAAGAAUCAUCAGUGAAUGGAAGAUGGGAAGAGGUAUUUUCCCACUACAGAAAGAUAAAAAGAAUGGGAGUUCAACCCAUAGAUCAUUCAAUUUUCCCUCACACUCUCAAGGCUUGUUGUGCUCUGUCGUGUACACUUGGAAAGUCUGUCCAUGCAUCCCUGCUUAAGCAGGGAUUUGAUUCAUUCAGUUUGGUGGGAAAUUCAUUGAUGCACUUUUAUUCGAAAUCUGGAGAAUUGGCCUCUGCAUUGGAUGUUUUUAACUGCAUUAAGAUGAAAGAUUCAGUUUCAUGGAAUAUAAUUCUCCAUGCGCAUCUUGAUGAAGGUGCAUUUCAGGAAGCAUGUGAUUUGUUUAUUCAAGCUAGAGCCUUUGGUUUUGAGCCCAAUAUCUCGAAUUUGGUGCUCAUAGUUCAGGCUUAUCGCAGGAUUGGAGCUUUUAUUGAUGCCAAGAAAUUUCAUGGUUACUUGCUUCAAAGUGGGCUGUGGAGCCUAACUUCAGUACAAAAUUCUCUUUUGGGUAUGUACACAGACAUUAGUAUGGAAUAUGCUGAAAAACUUUUUCAUGAAAUGUAUGAGAAAGAUGUAAUUUCUUGGAGCGUGAUGAUCGGUGGUUAUGUGCACAGUUACGAACCUAUGUUUGCUUUAGAGACAUUCAAACAGAUGGUCACGGAGUUUGGGGUUGAAGGGGAUGGACAAACCAUGGUAAGCGUAAUCAAAGGCUGUGCUAAUUUAGAGGACAUCAGAAUGGGAAAAUCAAUUCAUGGCUUUGUAGUCUUAAGAGGUUUAAAUUACGAUUUGUUUGUCAUGAAUACUCUAGUUGACUUUUAUUGCAAGUACGGUGACGUGGAUUCUGCUGCUACAGCAUUCAGGGAGAUCACUCAUAGGAACAUAAUAUCAUGGAAUUCUUUGCUAUCUGGAUUUGUUCAUAAUGAGAAGCAUGGAGAGGCACUGACAUUGUUUGCUUCAAUGAUGAAGUCAGGAGUUGAUGCUGAUGAGGUGACUCUGGUUAACCUACUUCAAAUAUGCAAAGUAUUAGGAGAUCUGCGUCAAUGCAAGUUGGUUCAUUCUAGGGUAUUUCAGGGAGGUUUCCAAUCAAAUGAUCUGGUCAUGAAUUCUUUGAUUGAUGCAUACGCGAAAUGCAAUCAGAUCAAGCUUGCAUGGAGAGUAUUCUGCCAAAUGAAAAGACCAGAUAUUGUUACCUGGAGUACAAUAAUCUCAGGUUUCACUCACAGCGGCAUGCCGGAUGAAGCAAUUGCUCUUUAUCGGGAUUUGAGAUUUUCUCUAGAAAACCCAAACCCAAAUCCUGUUACCCUGUUGAGCCUUCUUGAGGCUUGUGCACUUUCUGCUGAACUUGGAAGAUCAAAAUGGGCCCAUGGCAUUGCCAUUCGGAUGGGCUUGGCAUCAGAUGUAGUAGUUGGGACUGCUAUACUUGAUAUGUACUCUAAAUGUGGGGCUAUACACGCAUCAAGAAAGGCCUUUGACCAAAUUUCAAGGAAGAACAUUAUUUCAUGGAGUGCAAUUAUUGCCGCAUAUGGCCUAAAUGGAUUGCCACACGAUGCUCUAGCUCUGCUUUAUGAAAUGGAAGUUCAUGGUUUGAAGCCCAAUCCAGUAACAAUUCUCUCAGUUUUAUCUGCAUGUUGCCAUGGGGGAUUGGUUGAGGAGGGACUCUCUAUAUUCAAAGAGCUGGCAAACAAGCAUGGUACUGAACUAAAGUUAGAGCAUUACUCGUGCCUUGUGGAUUUGCUGGCUAGAGCCGGAAACCUUGAUGAUGCGUUGGAACUAAUUAAGUCUAUUCCUUUUGGCAUGAAGCCCGGUGCUAGUGCUUGGGGUGCACUUUUGAGUGCCUCUAGGAACUAUGAGAACGGAAAAUUAACUGCAGGUGCUCUUUCUCAGAUUCUUGAAUUGGAGCCAUCAAACUCUGCUGGUUAUUUACUUGCAUCAAACAUGUAUGCCACUGGAGGUUCAUGGAUGGAUGCAUCCAGGAUGAGAUGUUUGAUGAAGGAAAGAGGUAUAAAGGUGGUGGCUGCUUACAGCUUGGUUCAUGUAAGUAACAAAGCGUAUACUUUCACUGCAGGAGAUAAGUACCAUCAUAUGUCUCAUUUGUUCUGCCCCGUCAUUGAGCAAUUGCAUUCCUGUAUGGGGAUGGAUAUGGGAGCAAGACUACCAACAACUUAGGAGCAGAGUCCUUUUAUUUCAUGCAGUUGUAGGCAAUAUGCAGAACUAAAUUGCAUUUUCUUCAGUUUGGAACAAAUUCUGAUAUCACUUGCUGGUUUACAACGGCAGCCCUCAGUUAUCUUAACUCUAUAAGCUCUAGUUUGAAUUCUCAUGAUAAAGCACUUUUUUGAAUGUAGAGCUCCUAAAGGCAGUUCUUCCAGGAGAUCUUGUCAGACGGUCACUCAUAUUCCAAUAUCAAGUGAGAGUAAGGAUGGAGCAUUCCAGAAAUUUCUUCUCCAGGAAACUUCCAUUUUCUGAGGCUUGGAUCAAGUUCAGGCAUAGAGAACCAGCAAUUCAUCUUCUGUUUCUACUGGCAUCCUGCUUAUCUCUAAGGCAGGCUGUCAGCUGAUUCAUCCAGACCAACGAAGCUGCUACUAUCUGAUGCAAGAAGAUGCCACCAUGUCCUUAAGAGCCCAAGACAUUGACCAUUGAUUUCCAGCUAUUACAGACAGGCUGUCAGCUGAAUCAUUUAGAGAAAGGAGUUUGAUGUAAGUCAAACAAGCUGCAACCACCUUCAAGGAUUAACUUUGAAAUACUGCUGUCUGUUUCCAAGCUUUUGUUCAGAGACCAGAUUUCAAUAACUCGGUUAAUAAUUGCAGAAAACUAGGAUUUACUUAUCUAGUCUUGAAAUUAAUUAGGUUGAUUCAUGGCACCUGAAAUCAAACAAUUUACAUUUAACAAUAGUUUGUCUGUAUAUAUCCUCCCAUUAAGGACUAUUGAUAUGGGUAGUCAAGGUAUUUGUCCAAGCUGAAUCAUCUGCCUUAUUGUUUAAAAAGCCUUUUUACCGAGAAAAGGUUGUCCAAUUGUAUACACCUGCAAUGGCCUUCGGUUGGGGACUAUAUAGUUUACUGUCUUCCAUUAUUAGUUUCAUGCGUUUCGGUAAAAUCUAUGUUAUAUGCUGAAUCUCAGUUACUCAAUGGUAUUUAUCCUAAUUCUGCAGGAGCCAGUUAUUUAUUUAUUUAUUUAAAUAAAUAAAAUUUUAUUUAAAUUUUCACUUUCAGCAUAUUCACUCACUAAAGAUAGGAGCUAUAUUAUUACAAGGUAGAUGAAAAUUUUACAUUAUACUGAAACCUUGUAUAAUUAUUGU